AUGACAUCCUCCACAACUCUGUUCAUUCUUCUUCUCGUCGCCACGUCAUCAAUGAUGGUGGGACAAGUGUCGGCAGCCAGAUCUAUUCCACAGUCCUACGCCGGCGUCGAUCCAGAAAUCCAAUACGAAUUCCUGACAGAGAAACGUGGUGACGGUUACGGAUGGAACGACUGUGAAUUCUCGCCGCUCAGCUGUCUCCUGAAGCGACGACGACGAUCAAUUCAGUGA